UACGACGGUCUGUACGCCUGGCUGCUAAUGAUCCGAGCCUGAGCAGUAUGGUCUGCUCUGCCGACUUUGCCGAAGAUGCAGGCAGAAAGUGCCACACAAACCUGGCCGAUCUCAGUGUAAGUCCUGCUUGUUGGAGAGCUACUGACAAGUACGUCUGUAGGACAAGUGAUAGACCACUACGAGAGGUACUACACAGUUUUCGAGACUAUACUGCUAGGACGCUACCUCAACCAAGUGGUGGAGUGCGAGCAAGAUCUCAAUCUUCUGGCUAGCGCAGAGUCGCUUGUCAAGCCCGAAUGGCUUUACGCCCUAUUGGCCGCAUCACUGAACCCGAAGAUUCAAGACUCGAACCGGAAGUUCAUCGGCAACUGGAUCAUGCGCUCACGGUUCCAGCCUGACGCUUCGGAUGCAUACGUGGACUUCUUUGCCUCUGCGUUCCUAGGCUGGGCGACACAAGGCUCGCUAUACACCGCUACUUUAAAAGCAAAAAGUGGGCCUGUACGAUGUGGUCAUGGCGACAGAGUCGCUGCAUACGUGCAGGAUACGCUGCAGCGUCAUGUUUGUGAUCCGAGUGUCAACGCGAAGCUUAUCGACGCAAUCUUGUCCCGCUCGAGUGAUAGACGAAGCGGCAACUUCCCGUACGCGAUUGUCUAUCUGCUUGAAGGGUUAUGUCGAGCAUGUGAGGAUAACCCGAAGCUAAUACCUGGACUCGGACAUCUUGAGAAGCUUGCCAACUUGGCCACGCAGACUGCUUUGCCUGAGGUUGCGCGCGACUAUGUUCAUGUCCGCUGCUUGAAGCUGUGCAGAGACUCCUCGCAUGAAGCUUUGGAGGGCGGGAGGAGCUCCGCACUGACUGAGGCGGUACGUCGGUGGGGGAAUGUGUGCCACAGACUGGAGAAAUCCGAAUUUGCUGGGGUUACAAGUCUGAAGGACCCUAUUGCGAACUGGGAUACAAAGCUCUCAAACCGAGACAUACUAGAGAAGCGCCUCCUUGAGAAAUGUCAUGAUCUGCGCGAGACCUUGGUGUCGCUCCGAAUUACGAGCGAGGACGGCAUUGUAGAGGCCGUUGACGACAUCUGGUCUGACAUCGAGUAUCUGGAGUAUCCCAAGGCUCCACUCAUCAGCCUACCACAGAUCCUAUUGAGCGACCAGUUUCGUAUCAUGUCAGAGAAGUCUAUCAAUGUCCAGGAUGUGGUUGCGAAGUCCUUACGCAAGCUGCAGGAUCUGUCUGAGCACCGGGCGUAUCUCCUCGCGCCUCUGAUGCUUGCGGUACGACAAUGGGUCUGCGCUACACCUGUGGGAAAAGGCUUCCCUGGACUUGCCGAUCUCAUCCUGCACUAUGCGGAACACUUACCUGUACCUACGGUGGACCUUCAAUUUGAAGAUGCAACAUCCUCGCUUCUACAGGCUGUCUCGCCAGAUUUGAGUGAGUUUGGCUACGAUUACUACUUUGGUUUGCGUCAGUCAGUAGGCGUGGCUGCUCUGCUGGACCUGGUCAGCAGACUCAACGAGGGUGAAGACGCGGUAUGGAGGUCGGUUCUGGAGAACUUGCUCGGACGCUGGAAGCGGCAGAAGACUCCGCCACCGACUGUCUCUCCGUGGAAGUCAACACUGCAGCUACAGAUCAUGCUGCUUUGCUGUGAGCACUCACAAGAUUGGCUGGAGCGCCAUGAGCCAGCCUCGGAAGGCGUUGCCAGGACGCGUGCGCUACUGAACGACCUGCAUUACCUGCUUUCCAUAGAACCGCUACCGAGCUACCGCUACUUGCUCAGCUGGAUGAUUGUGCGCAUCUAUCAGAGAGUGCCCUCGCUGCAGUGGGACAUCUUGACGAACCUUUCCGCCACCGACCACCAUGCAAAUCCAAAGUAUCUUGCCGCACUCAUGAAAAUCGGUGUCAUAUUGGCAACGUGCGAAGAUUGCCAGCCCGAGUUCGCUGUGCGUAUGGCAACCAGCUUGGUCCCGCUUGCAGCAUCCUCGAAGAUCAUCAUCCGCCACGAAGCACAAUGGCAAGUGCCAAUUCUGCAAGCCUCGUGCAGUCGCCGCAGCCUCGAUAGUGGCGAUGCUUUCAGGGAGCUGGAUCUGUUCGUUAAGCGCCUGGACAAGUUCGAGCAGCCACCUCGGGAGCGGCAGCUUGAUCCUUUUAUUCCUGACAGAGAUCACAACCGCAGCAAUCUCGUAGAGGGUCCGUGGUUUGAGCUUGACGGCAUUGAAGCACCUACAUGCCGCGAAGAGGACUUCGUCAGGCUGUAUGAGAUAGAUACUGAAAUAUGCUUGGCACUCCCGCCUUCGUGCAUCCCGGCCGGCAACGUUGUGCCAACUGCGCCUGCCACAAAAGGUGAGCCACAAGCAGACAAUGAUGUUCGGUUGACGGCGGACAGGACUCCAGCCCCGUCAAAAGCAGGCGAGUCACGAGCAUUGCAGACGAAAGGGAAAGCGUAUCUUGCGAGCGGUCUGGAGGCUGAGCAGCAGGUACGGCGCAACAGCAUCGUCGUCAUCGCUUCGCUUGUUGACAACCCCUACAACCUCGGCGGAAUCGCACGUGUCGCAGAGAUUUUCGGAGCAUCGGAAAUGCAUCUGCAGAACCAGAACGUCACAUCAAACAAAGACUUCACAAGCGUGUCCGUUUCGUCACACCUUCACUUCCCAAUCUUGCAGCUUUCGGCUUCAGCGGUUCCAACAUACCUGCACGAGCGGAGAGCUGAAGGUUGGGUUGUUGUUGGCAUAGAGCAGACGGACCGCAGUCUGCUGUUAGGCUCUGAUGCCUGUAAGCUCCCGGAGAGAAUCGUACUGGUACUGGGCGGUGAGAAGGAAGGCAUACCAGCACUUGUGCUUGCAGAGUGCGACAUGCUUGUGGAGAUACCGCAGCAAGGGAUCACGCGAAGCUUGAACGUGCAGACUGCCGCUAGCAUAGUGCUGUACGAGUACUCGCGACAGCACCGAACUACUUCCGGGAACGUCUAAGUGGGAGCCUGGGUACUGACUAUCGUCCACGGUUUUAACUUGGAAGUGGCAUCAGGAGAGUAUCUGCUGUUGGGAUGACAAGCCAGGUCGUCAGCAGAGCCAGUGACGUCCGGCUCGCGCAGUCUCAGCCCGCAAGUGUCUGGUUUGGACCAUCCGACGCGAUGUAGGUGUCAAACUGCGAACGGCUGCAAACGCCAGUUCACGCCAUGCCAUUUGCACGCAUGAUGCGUGGCGUUGUGCAGGUCUCUCAUGCAGGCGCCCAAUUGGUUUCUGCUGGUCCAGACAUACGUCGGCUGUGUAUACAAGACCAGAG